AUGUGCUAAAAACAGAACCACAUCUGCAAUUAUGUCUGUACUGGCAGGUCAUCUUAAAUUGUCCUUAAAAGGGGUACUUAUAAAAACAUGGUACUAUACAGCAUGUGUCCCAAAUGGCACAUAGGGCCCAUAAGGCUCAAAAGUAGUCUGCUAUAUAGGAAAUAUGGUGCCAUUUGGGACGUAACCACGCACUCAUUCACAUCCAGACUGAGGAAUGGAUUACUUAAUGUUUUGAAAAGGAAAAAAAUAGAACGUGUCAGAUCAGUCACUAGCUGCAUGGAUGCCCAUGUUGUUUGACAGAGACCCAAUAAUUUACAUCAGUUAUUUCGACACUUUUUUGGCCCCCAGUAUAAUAUUGUCCAGGUUGUGUUGCUACUGACAACAACGUUCAUUUCCAAAUCAGGCAUCUCAAGGUAUGAUGACAACGUUCAUGCUAGAUAUGAUAAAGAGUAGACCGAAGAGUUAUGCGUGGUCAAGAGGAUCCAACUCUCCGCUUCCUGGGGUCGCGUUUUUAUCGUCAAAGACCUACUUUGCGGAGCUACUUUGGCUUAGUUUAUUAAUUCGACGAUUUUAAAAACAAGCACACAUAAAACUUGAAAAAUACAAAUAAAAUCAUCGAAGAUAACACACAAUAAUGUCUGGGAUUUAUUUCCAUUGUUGUCCUCCUGUGACAUGGUGGUUGGUCAAGAUCACUUGCGCUUUGGAGGGGCAGAUCCAGACCAGACGCAACGAAUGAUGUUGGAUCUUCAAAAACCUGAAAAAACAAAAGACACCGCACGGCUGUACUGAGACUCAUUGGUGUUCAUUGCAAAUAUAGCGACAGUGCAUCGAUUAGACGCACAAUAACGGCAUAUUUGGGAUCAGUUUCCACUUCUUUGGGAUAACGUUUCCAAUUUAAUCUGGACCAAGAACGGGCUGCAUAUGAGUUGAGAACUUUCCAGUUUUAAGAAAAUCCCGGAUAUCUGCCCUGCAAGCGUAACUUUUAUCUCAACAGUCCUGUGAUAGAGAUGCGUAAAAGUGUGGAGUGUUGCUCGUUGUUCAAUCUUCCCAAAUUACCCGCGACCGUUUUACCACCGAACAUGACCGUGUAAAUACUUAGCCUAACAUUAUUUGUUAUUAUUUUAUAGUUUUUAUUUUAUCAUAUCUCCACUGCACUUGAUCGCAAACGAUGCAGGUCCUACUGUUUGCUACCGUUCUUUACUAUAUCGUGAACUUCGUCGGGGCUGAGCCCAAACCAAAAUGCCCAGAGCGGUGCGACGUGAGCAUUUGCCCCAGCCCUAGCUGCGCGAUGGGGUACGUUCCAGACCGAUGCAACUGCUGCCUGGUUUGCGCCCAGGGAGAAAGCGACCCAUGCGGGCGCAAAGAUGACCUACCCUGCGGCGAUGGACUCGAAUGCAAGCACCCGGCCGGAAAGCGGCUAGCCAAGGGCUUUUGUCAGUGCAAAUUGGGUCACAAAGUUUGCGGCAGUGACGGCAUUACCUAUGGGAACGUGUGUCAGCUGAAGGCGCAGAGUAGGAAGGCUCUGCAGCAGGGGCUGCCCGCCAUCAACUCGGUCCAGAAGGGACCAUGCGAAAUCAACAAUAACAAAGGUACUUCACACCCCACCAGUCCCAGGUACAAGUUUAACUUCAUAGCUGACGUGGUUGAGAAGAUUGCGCCGGCUGUUGUCCACAUUGAACUUUUCCUCAGGCACCCUCUGUUCGGCCGGAAUGUCCCUCUGUCCAGUGGGUCAGGCUUUGUGAUGUCAGACACAGGUUUGAUAGUGACCAACGCCCAUGUAGUCUCCAGCACCAGGCCUGUGUCGGGCCGUCAGCAGCUCAAGGUCCAGAUGCACAAUGGUGACGUCUACGAAGCGACCAUCAAGGACAUCGAUAAGAAGUCAGACAUCGCCACCAUCAAAGUCAACCCACUGAAAAAGCUCCCGGUGCUGUUGCUAGGCCACUCGGCCGACCUUAGACCUGGUGAGUUUGUGGUUGCCAUUGGCAGCCCCUUCGCUCUCCAGAACACGGUUACCACAGGGAUCGUGAGCACUGCACAGAGAGACGGGAAGGAGCUGGGCAUCAGAGACUCUGACAUGGACUAUAUACAGACGGACGCCAUCAUCAACUAUGGAAAUUCAGGCGGACCUCUUGUUAACUUGGACGGGGAGGUGAUCGGUAUCAGUUGUGAUCCAGUUCCUAUUCGUAACACUCUGUUAAGUUGUUUGUCUGACUGCCACCAGGACGGGGAGGUGAUUGGCAUCAACACUCUGAAAGUGGCUGCUGGGAUCUCCUUCGCCAUCCCUUCUGAUAGGAUCACGCGCUUCCUCAAGGAAUCAAUGGACAAGCAGAGCAAAGGUAGGCCCGCCCCUCCCCUCCCCUCUGAUAGGACAACACACUUCCUCAACGAAUCAAUGGACACGAAAAGUAAAGCCAGGCCCGCCCCUCGUGUAUAUGAUAGGAUAACACUCUUCCUCAACGAAUCAAUGGACAAGCAGAGCAAAGAAGUGAGAUCAUUGAAGAUACGGUUCAUUGGAAUAAGGAUGCUCACCAUCAACCCAGCGCUGGUUGAGGAGCUGAAGCAGCAGAACUCAGACUUCCCUGAUGUCUCUAGUGGGAUCUACGUCCAUGAAGUUGUGCCUCACUCUCCUGCACAGAAAGGUGGUAUCAGAGACGGUGACAUCAUCGUGAAGCUGAACGGCCGUCCUCUGCUGACCACAGCUGACCUACAAGGGGCGCUCACGGAGGAGACAGCCCUGCUGCUGGAGGUCAGGAGGGGCAACGACGACCUGCUCUUCAACAUCCAGCCUGAUGUCAUUAUGCAGUAACCCAGUAAUCAUGAAGACAAUGGCCAGGAGUACUGUAUUCAAGAUAUAUUUCUAUCGGAACAUUCUGUAAACGUUACAACGUCACUCGUGAACAUGCUCCCAGCUGUUCAACAUCGAGCCAGACGACGUCUUCAUGCCGUAAUCACAGCAACCGUGGUGUGGAACCCGGGAGACUGAAAAAGUAGAAUGACCAAACAAAAUAAAACAAAACAAAAACUCUGGUUGAGAGCCCUAUACACUGAUAAAGCUGCCCCUAUAGUUACUGAUCUAAGGUCAAUUUGUAUUUGUUUUGGGAGGGUAAAACUGAUCCUAACUCAGUGCCUAAAGGGUGACUUUUAACUACUCAGAGCCACGGAGAGAACGAUCAACAAAAACAAGUCAAGAAACAGAAAACUGUGUUUGUUGGAACCUUGAUCUGGAAACAAUAGAGACUGACUGACCCUUGCUUGGUAAAUCCAGCCAGAAAACUCUGGAAUCUGGAUGCAUUUAGGACUGAAUGUUGGAACGCCCAGCGAAAUGAAACACUUGAUUUUUAGUAUUGUUGUUUUUGUGUUUUGUAUCAUCUGUCUUUGUCAAAGCAUACUAGCUGUUUUUUGAGACUCACUUACUCCCAAUGCAACUGAUCAUUGGUAAGACAAGUUUAGCAUAUAGUUAAUUCAAAGAUUUGUCCAUUGUUACACUGCUUUUAUAGGCUUUGUUAUCUGUUGAACAGAACUUAUUUCUGUACAUGCGAGUACAGUAGCUAUGUGUCCAAUGCUUUCAGUUUGAAACCAUUCCAUAACCAACUGUGAAUGUUGUUUUUUUGGUCAGUUAUAAGUUGAAAGAAAGACCAAAUUUUUAUUCAACUGGUAAAAUGUAAGCAAAUGUCUGUUUGAAUCUCACUGUUACUGGAUUCUUGAUGUCUUCUACUAUAACCGACCCAUUGGGAACACUUUACAUUAAUGUCCUAAGGGUUUAUAAAGGGUUUGUAAAGGUGUUAUAAGCAGUUUUAUAAACACUUUACAAUAUUGACCUGUGCUUAUAGCAUGAAUAAAUAAAUUCCCUUUACAGUCAGUUACUUAUAUCUUAAUCAUCAUGACUUAAGAACAGAUUGAAUGUUUACAAAUCUGGAUUCCUUACCAACAGGCUAUGUCAAUGGGAGUGAUUGUUUUAGUUUUUGCUACUUUUAUAAUGUGUAUAAAAUAAAAUAAAUUGCUGUAUAGGA